UGACACUCAAACAGCAAGUGCUUGGUCUCCGUAACUCUGUGGGAUUCUUCGGAAAGAUUCACUAUCCACGCUCAACUACCAGAUGCGAAGAGAUUAUUAUGAGGAAACCAUUAGAGACUCUGGAUCCUGCAAGGAAUCGUGGAAUACAUUGUUCCAGUCAGGUUUAAGUACAGCAGGCAUUUAAACAUGCCCGGCGCUCCAUAGAUCUCAGCCCACCAGACCCCCAAGCUGCACCAUCAACCAUGGAUCCCACGUUCCCCAGCAUCAACCUGGGGGCCUUUUGCACCCCUCUGGAGCAGAACAGCAAGCGCCACCACCGAGUGCAGUACGUCAGGAGGAAACUACGUCCUUCGCGGAUUUUCGGUUUUAUCCUGAGCGUCUCUGUCGUCACGUCGUUCCUGUCCUGGAGUGCCUUUACCUCCACUUUGGGCCCGAUCCCGAGAUGGACGCCACUCAGCUCUCUCACCAACCAUGAGGGACUUGCAGAGCCAGUGCCACACAGAACUGUCCUCUCUUCCGACGAGGAGCGAAACGUUUCGGCAGACAUGCCUAUCGCCAUGGCCUCGUCCGCCGAACACAGCAAGGGCGAAUACCCUGAAGAUCUGUUCACGCUGGAGGAGAGGAGGCAAGGUGCCGUCGUGCUGCAUAUGUUCGGGAUGAUGUACAUGUUCAUAGCCCUGGCCAUCGUCUGCGAUGAGUUCUUCGUCCCGGCCCUCACGGUGAUCACUGAGAAACUGGAGAUCUCGGAUGACGUAGCGGGUGCUACAUUCAUGGCCGCCGGAGGCUCUGCUCCCGAACUCUUCACCUCAGUGAUCGGCGUGUUCAUCUCACACAGUAACGUGGGCAUCGGGACCAUCGUGGGCUCUGCCGUCUUCAACAUCUUGUUUGUGAUUGGGAUGUGCGCUCUCUUUUCACGUGAGAUCCUCAACCUCACCUGGUGGCCUCUGUUUAGAGAUGUCAGUUUUUAUAUCAUUGGACUAAUAAUGCUCAUCGUCUUCUUCCUGGAUAACUACAUUACCUACAUUGAGAGCUUUGCACUGCUGUGCUGUUACGGUAGCUAUGUCACUUUUAUGAAGUACAACAGCAAUGUAGAGACUUUGAUCAAGACUCGACUAUUCGGGAAUCAGGUGGAUGACAUUGAAGCUCCUCCUAAGGUUAUCAGUGUACCAGAAGAUGAAAAUAAACUUUCCGCUAAACCCCGCCUCCAAAGAGGAGGAAGCUCCGCCUCCCUCCACAAUACUCUGAUGAGAAACAGCAUCUUUCAGCUAAUGAUUCACACGCUCGAUCCUCUCAGUGAAGGGAAGUUCAAGGAGAAGGCAUCGAUUCUACACAAGAUUGCAAGAAAAAAGGGACCGGAUGAGGCAAAUGGUGUUGCUGACAAGAACCUUCCUAACAGCUCUAAUGUGGAGGUAGAAGUGACUCCGCCCAUGAAUGGCAGUGCUGGACCAGAGAUGGAGGUUGAGGAAGAGGAGGAAGAUGAAGACCAGCCUCUAAGCUUGGCGUGGCCAGACACAAUGAGGAAGCGGGCCAUAUACCUCUUCAUCUUCCCCAUCGUCUUUCCAUUGUGGCUGUCACUGCCAGACGUCCGCAGAGAUACUUCAAGGAAAUUUUUCCCGGUCACUUUUUUGGGCUCGAUCUCUUGGAUUGCAUUUUUCUCCUACCUGAUGGUGUGGUGGGCUCAUCAGGUUGGCGAGACUAUUGGAAUCACGGAGGAGAUCAUGGGUUUGACUAUUCUAGCGGCUGGGACCUCCAUUCCUGACCUCAUCACCAGUGUCAUCGUGGCCCGGAAGGGUCUGGGAGACAUGGCCGUCUCCAGCUCAGUUGGCUCCAACAUAUUUGACAUCACUGUGGGCCUGCCCUUCCCCUGGCUGCUCUUCUCCAUGAUGAACGACUUUUCUCCAGUGACCGUGAGCAGCAACGGCCUGUUCUGCGCCAUCGUUCUGCUCUUCCUCAUGCUCCUCUUCGUCAUCAUCUCCAUCGCUGUCUGCAAGUGGAAGAUGAGCAAGAUGCUGGGAUUACUCAUGUUCCUGCUGUACUUUGUGUUCCUAGUGGUCAGUGUAAUGCUGGAGGACAAGAUCAUCACCUGUCCGGUCUCCAUCUGAUUAUUUCUCAUCUCACGCAACAUUUUUCUCCAAGGAACCGGUCCUUCUUUAUGGCACUCCAGGCCAUGUGAAGUAUAACAUGCAAGCUCGUCCGCAGCUGUGCUGUGGCUCUGCAUCUGUAUAUCCACUGAAGUCUGAGUAGCAGGGCUUUCCAAGCAGUAGUUUGUAUGGAAAGUAGUGCAAAAUUCUGCAUGCACUCUCAAAAAAUAAAAGCAGUACAUAGAGACUUGAUGUACUGUAGAUGUUAUCCAUUUAUAAUGAGGCGAGGACAUCCAAUGAGGAGUCUGUCGGACAUGGGGAAUGGGGAAUGUCUACAGACUCUGGAAAAGGACUUUUUGGUGCAAAUGUGCUAUAAUGUAGAUAUAAAUCAAGAUCCUGGUACUGUGCUUUAAAGCUCGUGAUAUCAUAAGCCUUGUGUUGCACAAUAACUUAAAAAGGAGGAGGGAAGAAGUUGAAAGCGCAACAUUUGCUUUUGUCUGAACGCUGGUCCUUUCUGAUUGUUACUUGAGCAUUUUCAUUCUGAGUAUAUCAUGUAAUUUAUUGAAUAGGCUUGUAGAUGUAGUCUUCAUGAAGUCUACACUGAACAAAAAAAUGAAAUUAGGCCUAAAUUGAAGAUUUCUGUCACGGAUUCUGUAUUAUGGAUGUGGUUGGGAACACCAAACGUUGGCCCCCUCACUAUGCAUCAAACAACCAAGACUCAUUUAUUUUCACCAUUAUAUAUUUUAUGGAUUUGCAAAGGGGCAAAAAUAAAUGAAACACCCCUCA